AUGGUUCUCCAAACCGACCUUACCCCGCGCUUCGAAGUGCGCCCGCUCGAGGCUAAGGAUGUGCCCGUUGCAUCGGCAAUCCUGUCGCACACGAAUAUCUUCCACUCGCCAAUGUGGUCCGUUGCACACCCAGACGACCAGACCAAGCGCUGCUAUGACUCGUAUAAAUCGGUCGACUACCUUGUAAGCGCAGCCAUAGCCUCACAACUGUCUUACGCCGUGUAUGACAAGGAAUACCAAUUCAAGCGGCCUGCGUCGGCAGCCACGGAUGGCGCGCUGUGCUGGGAUGACACCAACUUGACUGCCACCUCUCAGCAGCUUCUCGACGAGAUUGACAGCCCGAUAGUCUCCAUUUGCAUGGCAUAUGAUGGCUUCCAUCCCCUAAACCUUUCCCGGGUGACCGAUCUCUUCAACAUCCUCCCGCUCUUCGCCGCCAUGCACGAGCAUUUCCACGAGAUCGAUGCGCGAGAUGCAAAAUCCUGGGAGCCCACGGCUACUGGUCAGGUCAUCAUGCGGACGGGGACGUCGACGCGCGUGGAUUACGCGGGCUUGGGUUUGAUGAAGCUGAUGGCACACUGGGAAAUGAAGGAUGCCGCCGCCAAAGGCUUCCGUGGAAUCAACAUAGAAACCCUCCAUCCCGCAGUGGAUAAAGUCUGGAUGAACCCUCCAGCGCCAUUUAAGGCAGAGAGGGUGAAUAUCUUUAACAUGAACGAGCUGACUGUUGAAAAAGACGGGGAGAAGGUUGUGGCCGCGCCGCAAGUUGACAUUCUGGCGGGACGCAUAUACAUCGACCUGACCAGCUAA